AUGAAUGGUUCAGGUUUUGAUUGGCUAAAUAUAGCAUCAAAUAGUGAGAGUGGAUCGAACUCUCCGGCACCGCCCGUCUCUUUUGGGUUCAACAGCAACAGUGAUCUUAAUUCCAGAAAUAAUGAUGGGCCGUUUGAUAGAUCUAAUAAUGGUAAUUCAUACAAGUAUUCCAAUGCACUGGCGGAUCAGUUGUCUUAUUCGUCACCGUCGUAUCCUAAUAAUCAGGGCAAUAUGGGAAAAUAUGAGGAUGAUGAACCUAGUAUACCACUAUCGUUAACUGCUCAGGAAUUAACGUUAGAAGAAUCUAAAACAUAUAUGAGAUGGUAUAGUGAUAUACUAGCUCGAACAAAUUCGAGGACAGUAUCAAUGAAUGACGUGUUCAGUUUUUUACAUAACUUUAAGAUUUCAGAUUCGAUAAAGGACAAAUUACGAAAAUUAUUCAAUAAGAUAUUACAUUCUAUAAACAUUGGGGAGUUUUUUGCAUUACUAAGAUUGAUCUCGCAUGCUUUGAAUGAGUUGGAACCCAGUCGGAAGUUAAUCAAAGUGCAAACUUCAGUACCCACACCCCCUUCAAUUUUAAGUAAGAAAAGGCAAAGUGACGAUGAUGAUGAAAGCAGCGAUAACGAUAACGAUAAUGAUUCCUUACUACCAGAGGAACAAGAUGAAAGCAAGCCGUUGGAUUUGGACAGUUUUACCCAAUUCAUGUUGACAGGGGAGAGGCCAGGAGAGGUCAAUCAUAAAAAGAAGAAAUCGAAGAAGGCAAAAUCAGUUAAAUUUUCUGAUCAAAUUGUAACUGAUAUCCAUGAUUCCGUGAUACUAAACUCGCCUAUUCCUUCUCCUCAACCUCAACUGAUCGAUUAUUCGUUGCCAAUGGAUCAAUUGUUAGGAAGAAUCAACCAAUCACAAUCGGCGCAGCAGCCUGCCCAUCAAAACGAUGAAGAGGAGCGUGAAAUUUUGAAAGACAUGGAAUCCCAAAUAAAUCAUUUUCAAAAUUUACAUUCUGUUGAUACUGCAUCAAUAGAUGGUGUUCCGGCAAAUAUUCAUUUCCACGAUGGCUACAGUCAGGAUAACUUAUUGGCAUCUAACAAUACCGACCCAGCACAGAUGGCUAGAUUUUUCAGCCCAUCACCUCAGCCUGACCAACAGCAACUGCGUGAAUAUUUAAAGCCCAAUAUGACUGGACCUGCGCAGAUGGCUAGAUAUUUCAGUCCGUCUCCCCAACCAGAUCAGCAAAAUCAACAGCAGCAGUCAUAUUUAAAGCCUAAUAUGACUGGGCCUGCCCAAAUAUCUCAAAUGUAUAAUAGAGACUCCAUUGAUAAUAGAAAUGAUGAAGCUACUUCACCAAUGCCGCUUGUUUCAGAUCCAAGCGAUAUGGCCAAGUUAUUUGCUCCAGACAGUUCGGAUACUGAAUCGACACCUAAGAUAUCAUUACAAUCAUUCACGAACCAAAUGACAGGUAAUACAUUAUCUAACACGCUUCAAAACUCGCGGGUUGCAGAUAACGGAUCGCCAUCAAAAAUAGGUACAUCAUAUAAUAACCGAUCGUUACCUCCACCUCCUGUCCCAAACAAUAGAAGAUCAAGGUCAGUAUCUUCGCCAACUCCAAGAAAUAGUUCCCCUGCAUUUCAGCUGUCUACCAAUAAUGAUACGAAUUAUACCACCAACCAUCUAGGCAUCAUGAACAACUAUUCGGCACCACUUCCACCCCCAAGAUCUCCUCCAUCAAAUAGCCCAACUAACGGGACGAAUAGCAAGAGGCCAGUACCUCCCCCACCUCCUCCAUCAAGGAAAAGGAACACAUCGACAAGUAUGAACAAUAUGGCAUCCAACUCUCCUACCCCUCCACUACCACCCAAGGUGUCUUUGAACGGUCAGAUACAAGAAGACGGGACGUCAGGAAUGUAUGCCAAUAACUCCAAUAAUGAUAGUACCGCCAAUAUAUUAGACGACUUGAAAGCAUUACAGGAGGAAGUUGAUAAAAUUCGAAACAUGACUGGUGGGUUCUAG